AUGCCAGCCGUACACAUUAACACGGCCAAUGUUGCCCGCGAGAUAGAGGGCCUUGUUAUCAGGACCACUUCGCGUUCGGGCAGUACCUUUAACUCAACUCACAAGACGGUGCGAGUUAUCGGUGGAGGCAUCAUCGCAGCGAUUGUCAUCGGCGCAGUCAUCUUCAUUGCUCUAGUACUUAUCUGCGCCUUCUGUCUUUUACGCCGCCAUAAAAGACAGAGUGCAAGACGCCAGCAGGAAAUGGAAAAGUACUAUGGCGAAAGCCGAUCAAGUAGCGGUACCGAUGUACCAACUGGCCCAGCUCCGGGCCAAGAAGGCUACGGAAACUCCAACAAAGGCUAUGGCUAUGGCCAAGGUACCGGCUAUGGCUACGCACACACUGCCCAGCCAGGUCAGGCUGACUAUGGUACGCAAAAUACUGGUGGCGUAUCUCCCAUGGCACCUGCGUACACUGCGGAACAUGUUACCUCCAAAAAGUAA